CUCUCUGUUAAUGGAUCGGCAAUUGGGGACUCUACUGCCCAGUUUUACUACGUUUACCUCAAUCUGGAGUCUUCUGUCCAAUUAAUGCUUUCAAGGAUAUAUGAUAAUCCAAAUAAGUAAUCGGAGGCUAAAGACAAGCUCCAUGCCCUCCGCCAAGGCAACGAUUCCCUUCCUGCCUAUAUUGCCAAGUUUGAACGUAUCCUAUACGAAGCGAAUGGCCAAAGCUGGCCAGAUAUUAAUAAAAUUUCCAGCUUUCGCAAUGGCCUCAACUCCGCAAUUCGCUCUCGUUUGGCCCAAUAGUUGACUUUGCCCCGGGUUUACGCUGAUUUCCUGCGUACGGUUCAG